GUCAUGCAAUGAUGCAUGGUGACCAUAAGUAGAGUGUUAGAUAUGGGACACACUGGGGACCUGGCAGGAUUCCAAUAGCCUAAGUUACCUUGGUUUGCUUUGUUAUGCCGAUAUCCGGAAAACAGAGACGGCAACGCCGUGCUAUCGCUGUGCGGUUAAGUGUUCGAUGCAUCCCUUCCAUCCUGAGCAGGUCACUACUCGUCACUGGAUGCUAAAAAACAAAAGAGUUCACGGCCAUGGUCCAAAAAUUAAAUAUAUGAUGAUCACAUCAAGUCCACAGUGAACGUAGACUCCAGGUCACGUGCCAUUCGGGAAUUUGGCGGAGAUAUCUGCUCGUGAGGCAGCAGUGUUGUCUUGACCCAGCAAUACUCUAAGCAUCGCGGCCAGACUGAACACGCUGCGAGUCGAAACGCGCUGACCUUCUCUGUAUCACGUUAAAGUGUAUGCUACGAAGAUCUUUCCAUGGCACCGCUGGAUGGUGAAGUCGCGGCGCGCCGAGGCAUGAAGCGGAAACACUCUGGUGACGAGGUCAGACUCACACCUUUCCAACGUUUAGCGGCCGCCCGUCGGGUGGAGAACGCCGCAAGACUCGCUGAGGAAGCGGCUUGGGAGCUUUCAAAGGACGAUCCCGCGAACAACGCUGCAAGUGACACUGAAGAAUUGCAAAGCUCAGCAGAAGACGGCCGCGAUGAUGCAUAUUACCGGAAGCUCUACGAGACCGAGCCGGACUUUCGGUCCCUAGGCGAGAAAGAUGCAGAUUUCUUGGCCUGUUUGAAAGAUGGACGACAUCUUGACUUUACGGACCCCGCGUCGGUGAUGCAGCUUACCAAGACAUUGCUGAAGCUCGAUUUUGGCCUCCAGGUCGACCUGCCUUCAGAUCGCUUGUGUCCUCCGGUUCCAAAUCGGCACAACUACAUUUUAUGGCUGAAGAACCUCAUCGACAGCACUUCAUCAUCAUAUUCAGACAUCUACGAGCCAGGUCGGCAGGUGACGGGCCUAGACAUUGGCACUGGGGCAAGCGCCAUCUAUCCCCUACUUGGUGGCAUCCAACGGCCGUGGAAUUUCAUCGCUACUGAUAUCGACGACGAAUCUCUCUGCUAUGCUCGGAAGAACGUCGAAAUGAAUCAUCUUCAGUCCCAGAUCCAGGUUUUUGAGCGCCCUGUCGAGGAUCUGCUGAUCCCACUGGACGAGCUGAAGUUAAAAGAACUAGAUUUCGUCAUGACCAAUCCCCCCUUCUAUACUUCGGAGUCUGAACUCCUCGAGCUGGCGAAACAGAAGUCUCAGCCUCCCAAUAGCGUGUGCACCGGCGCCCUCAACGAGAUGGUCUGUGAUGGAGGCGAGGUUGGCUUCAUCAAACGCAUCCUGGAUGAGUCCCUCGUACUCAGAGAGCGAAUCCAGUGGUACACUUCCAUGCUUGGGAAACAGUCCAGCCUCGAAGUGGUCGUGGGCCUAUUGAAGGAGAAAGGCAUUGAGAAUUACGCUGUGACGGAGUUCUUUCCAGGCAACAAGACUCGGCGGUGGGCCAUCGGAUGGAGCUUCGGCAACAGGAGGUCGUGUCUCGAGGCAUGUCGGGGGUUCGAGCCGGCCGCGGGAAAGAAACUGCUGCCUCCCCCGACGGAAUUCUCGGUCGCCACGAAAAUGACGAGAAAAGGGGGCAGGGAGCAGCUGGAGAAUGUUUUCUGGACCCAGCUUGAAGAUGUGACGGAUGGACUUGAUCUCGUGUCCUGGAACAUGGACGAAGAUAGGCUGAGGGUGGUCGGUUUCGCAAAUGGCAAUGUCUGGAGCAGAGCUUAUCGCAGGAGCAAGGAGAGGCAUUCGGUGAAGCGAGAGGACUCAGUCGGCCGGGGUGCGAAUAAAACGGUUGCUGAGUGUGCCUUUGGUUUCGCGAUUUCCAUCCGGACUGAGAAAGGACAAGCGAUCCAGGAUAAGGUUGAAGUGGUGGUGCGGUGGUUGCAAGGGACAGAUUAUGGGCUCUUUGAGAGCUUCUAUGGCAUGCUUCGAAACGCGCUCUUGAAUGUAGUUGUAUAACCAUUACCUCAUAAUGGUCAUAUGGUUGCGCCAUUUCAUGUGGCGUAGCUAACCUUUCUUCUAUUGCGUUCAGCAUCCAAAGCCCCUAUCGUCAUCCAUCCAAUCAAGUGACUAGAUAAGUAAGGCACAGCAUGAAUAGUCCUGAGAUAUUACAGGAAGACGUCAGCUGCAUCAUGGUGGUAGUCCUUCAGAGACGGGGAUCGAUCCACUAGCGGCCGAAUGCCCCGCACCGUGCCUUUAUUUAGAAGCUGUGCUUUGGUCAUCGAACUGAAGAUGCCGCAUCCAA